AAAAUCAUCGUUGUACCAGCAAAAUUUUCUCAGUCUGAAUCUUUUGAGCCAGUGCUUUCAGAUCUAACACCAUGAAUUGGAUGGAACCCUAGACCCAAGCCCUCUCCUCGCCCAUCCCUGAUAUCACCCCAUCAACGCCUUCAACCACGUAUUGGGUUAUAGGUAAAUGGAAAGCAGCAGAUCAAUAUAUUGUUACCUUUACUUUGGAGGGGAGAUUGAAAAUGGCUUUAAUGGUUCCAUUGAUUACAAGGGUGGAUGUACUAGUGGCAUAAUUGUCAAUCAAGGAACAUCACAUGCUGAAUUUGUCUUGAAGGCAUGUACAAAACUUCAAAUUGAACCAUCCGGUUUAUCAUUUAAGUAUACCCUAAAAUUUGACCCAUCUGUACUCCUACCGUUGGAUGAUGAUGAUGCUGUAAAUAGCAUGGUCCGCUUUAGUGAUGGUUUCUCGCGUGUCUAUAUAGUUCGAGCUUGUACAGAAGUAGAGCAAGGAGUUGCAGAUGGACAAGGCACUCCUGCAAAUGUGGAAAGUCAUCCUGUCCUUAGAGCUUGUAGAGAGGAAACAGAGCUAGGAGUUGUGGAUGGACAAAGCACUCCUGUUAAUGUGGAAAAUCAUUCUGCAUCAACACCAUCAUCAUCUCAAGGCAUGAAUGAUGAUUAUACAAUUCAGAAACAUGGGUUGGCGUCAAGAUGUACAAAGUUUGAAGCAGAUCCACUAGCUUCAAGUACCUCUGGGAAUGCCAUAUUGGGUAGUGGGCAGAGCUUUGCAAAUGCUGAUGAAUUCCGGAAUGCAUUAUAUCUUAUGUCCUUAGCUGGACGAUUCAGGUACAAAUUUAAAAGGAACUGUCCCCGUUAUGUCAGUGUGUGUUGUGCAGUUGAUGGAUGCACUUGGAAAAUAGCUGCUUGUGGUGUCAAGGGUACCAAAAUGAUGAGAGUGUACACAUUUCAAAAUAAUCAUAACCACUCUAUACACGAGGACUCUUCACCACUUCCUACAGUACGAUUAUGCAAGCUGGCGGUUCUAACUAAUGACGUGAUAAAGGCUACUCCUGAUUGUAUGCCCCGUCAAAUCUGUAAGGACUUUGAAAGACAACAUGGAAUAAGAAUGACCUAUGGUCAAGCUUGGCAGUAUAGAGAGAAGGUGAAAGAGAGAAUCUUUGGUCUUUCAGACAACUCAUAUAAGCUGUUGCCAUGGUUGUGCUUGCAGUUAACAAAAUCUAAUCCUGGGACAAUUGCAGAAUGGACUUCUUCGGAUGAGGGCAAUUUUAUGCAAUUGUUCGUUGCAUAUGGAGCUUGCGUACAUGGGUUUUUGACAGGGUGUCGACCAAUUAUAUCUAUUGAUUCAUCAGAAUUGGGUGGCCUACACAAGGGAACUUUGCUUUCAGCCUCAGCAUAUGAUGGUGAUGACAAUAUGUUUCUAAUUGCAUAUGCCAUUGUAAGCUCAAAAGCUUAUGAUGACUGGUUAUGGUUCUUUCAAAAGUUAAAGCAAUUAGUUGGUAAAAUGGAGGUGGUCAUUAUUUCUGAUAUGCACCUUGACAUUGUUAGUAGUGUUGCAGAGGUGUUUGGAGUUGAAAAUCAUAUAUAUUGCUAUCAGCAUCUAAAGGAGAGCUUCAGCUGCCAGUUAACAAAGAAGAACACUAAAGGAAGGAAAGGCAAAGAAGAUGCACUGAUGUUCCUUGAUGCCAUUGCCUAUACAAGGUUACAAAUUGAUUACAUUCGUGCCAUGGAGAACUUGAGGAGAUAUAGUGCUAACUUGGCCAAGUGGAUUGAAGAUAGCGGUCCUGAACAUUGGGCAUUGUCUAAAUUCUCCAAAAAGCGUUGGGAUAAAAUGAAUACUAAUCUUGCCGGAUUGUUUGAUGACUUGAUCAAUGAGGAUCAGCAUCACAGCAUAUUUAACUUUGUUGUCAAACACAUGGAGAAGCUAGCCUCUUUGCUAAUUGAAUGUAAAGCAGCAACACAGAGUUGGAAGAGAUUCAUUAGCCCAAAAAUUGAGGAUAAAGUCUUGCUAAACAUUGCCAAAGCUGAAGCAUUUACAGUUAUUCCAUACACAGAUACAUUUAAGGUCAAAACUAGAGAUAGAAGUCAUUGUGUUGACUUGAAGCAACAUACCUGUACUUGCUCAGCUUGGCAGAUGUUAGGAAUCCCAUGCGAACAUGCAUGUGCAGUCAUACAGAUGAUGAACCAAGAUGUUUAUGGAUUUGUUGAAGAGUGGUUCCACUUGCCAAAGCAAGAAAUGAUUUACUCUGGCAUAUUGCAUCCACUUGAUUUUGACAACAUGCCAACAGUUGAUUCUGAUGGAAAUGUGCAAGACCAAAAUGGUGUCACAUAUGCUUCUCUUGGUCCUCCUACCAUGAAACGCCGUAUUGGGAGACCCCCACACCAGCGAAACAAAUUCCAGUUCAGGGAAAAAGGAACUGUAUUUUGUUCUCACUGCAACAGGGCUGGACACAAUUGUACUACCUGCAAGAAUCCAACUACUUGAUUGGAUUAUUUGUAGGAUUUGAAUUCCAGCUGUUGAGGACACCUGGGUUGAUUACCUUUUCCAAACUUCCAUUCCAGUCAUUGGUAACUCGUUUUGGUAUGGUCCUUUUGUUUGUUAAGUUGCUUACAACUUUGUGUACUCAAAAGUGAUAUAGAAAUGUACAAAAUUAAUCUGUUUUGGUUAGGUACAAUUUGAAGUUGGUGUAGCUGAUACUGGUGUUUGACUAACAACUGUAAGAUUGAUCAAAUGAAUUAUUUCAGGUGCAUUACAGUGGUUUGAUUCUUAAUGAUAAUAACUCAAAAUUCUUCACUGCCAGGUAUGUAUUCAGAAAUCGAAAUGCUGUGUGUGUUUUUUUUUCCUUGGGUAGAUUGAAUGUGUGUAUGUAUACCUCUGACUCCACCAUUUUACUUUACGGAAAACUCAAAUCCAGUAUAUCAAAUGAUCUCACAUAGGGUAUGGAUAAAUCUAUAGUGGGCUGCUUAGAGGGUUGGGAAAUAGGAUCUGGUAUGGAGAAAGAAGCGCCACUGUUAUCAUUAUGAAUCACUGAUUUAUAGGAAUGGAAGUUUGAGGCAGAUCGAAGAGAUGCUGACAUUGUUGAUUUGGGAGAGGGGGAGAGAGGUAGAAGCUGAGGCUCUAACUCAAUCAAUGGAUGUGUUUGUGCACUUCUAAUACUUGCAAAUUGUUAAUGUGGCAUUACCACAGAAUUUAAGAAGUGCAUAAUUGAAAGUUUCAACAAAAAUACAUCAUAAAACAUUUUUUUUUUCAAUACCUUAUUUUGAAAUAUAUUUAGAGAGUGAUUUUAAGAAGCGCUUUUAACCUUUCUAGUACUUGAAAGCGUUUUUUUGGUAAAAAAAAUAGACAUUUAGUAAGAUUUUAAAAAUUACUUUUGAAAAUCUAAAAAAUUACUUGGAAGUGAUUUUUGGAGUAGCAUGUGAGAAAUGAAUUUUCAAAAAUUUGAAAUUACCCAAAAUAAUCGUAAAGUGACUUCCGAGACCCCUUUCCUUUUCACAAUCCUCUCCUCCUCCACUCUUCACAGUAUGAGCUAGACUCCCCUACUUCACCCUUAUUUGGUUCCAACAGUUCUCUCUUCUCCUCAGCACUGAACUCUAUAGAUCCAUAACUUGAGGUAAACUCUCCUUUUCUGUUUGGUUGCCUGGAAAAUAGUGGCAAAAAUUUUCAUAUAUCAUUAUUUUAUCCUUUGUUUUCCUUCCAUAACGGAGUGAGAUGAGUUUUUUUCUUCUUCCUUUAAAUUUUAAAUUUGUUAUUAUUUCAUUUUCUGUUGUCUCCUUAUUUUCAUUUAUAUAUUUUCUAAAGAAAAUGUCUUAAUUUUCUCGGCAUUUCUUUGUAAGUUUGGUUUAUAUUUGGUUAACAUCUAUGGUUGUUUUGUAUUUUUAGCUGGAAACAACAUAAUCCUAAUAUUUGGAAUUGUUAUACCAAAAAUGGGUACAUUAUCUGUUUCAGAAAUGGUUGUAACCAGAUGCAACUGCUCUGUUUGGGUGAGGAACAUUUGGCUGACGAAAAACCAUUCACUCCCUCCUAUUUGAACAUGAUGCAAUAUGUGAGGUAAAUUCGCAUAUAAAAAAGAUACGAAAAAAAGGAGCAACAGAGCAUGCUGUAUUCACUGGAUGUAAAUCCAAGAAGUGCUGGCAGUGGUUCUUAAUAGUCAAAAUCAGUACGUAUUAUUUGGUGUUGAUGAGUUCUCAUUCUAUAAAUGUCCUUAGAUAUUUUAUUUCAUUAUAAUUUAACCUUGAAUUUGUAGGACCUUCAACACUGAAUCUGACCCGUAGACAUAAUGAAGAAACUGCUUUACAUCUACAGAUUUAGUUUGAUAAUUUAUAGGUGUUGAAUGUGGUUUUUGUUUUGCUGAUGAAGCUUAUGGUAAUGUCUGAGAUGGGUGUAUAGAAAGAAAAAUUUAGGCAUUACCUGUACAAUAAGAUACAUAUUUGAACAGUUGUUUUGCUUGGUGGGUUAAUAUUAUUUUCUGUAACCCACAUUCCUAUCAUGCAUUCUCUUCUGGGAAUUGGACUGGCUGUUCUUUAGGGUUCAUUCAUUAAAUGAAUUGCCAACAUCAA